GCUAUGUGAAAAUUUCUGAACAGCUGAAGAAUGUCCACGUAGAAGAAGGCGGACAGGCGAGGUUUUUAUGUAAAGUGGAGAUCCAUCCUCUGGAUGCCACACAGCUUGUGGUCACCUGGAGGUUCGAUGGUCAUUUACUGACCUCUGGACAAUCACGAUAUGCAAUGCAAAAAGAAGAGGGACCAAUCUUCAUUCUUCUCAUUAGAAACAUUCGAAAUACAGACAAGGGGAUGUACUCGUGCAUUGCUACAGUUGGAGUCGAUACGGAUGUGUCCUCUGCCCAUCUGCUCAUUAAAACUGUCCCGGACCCACCUAUCAAUGUAAAGGUCACAAGUUGUCAUGGAAACUCAGGCGGUCUGUCGUGGGAGCCUGGGAAUGACAACGGAGCGGCUAUCUUGGGUUAUAUCGUCCAGUUUAAUACCUCUGACAGUCCUAACAUUUGGAAUGAUUAUGAUGAACAGUUUGAUAGCAGCAGGGUUGCUGUCACCCUUCAACUUUACCCUUGGGGUACAUAUUCAUUCAGGGUCAAGGCCAAAAACAUACUGGGUUCUAGCAAGCCUAGUAAGUCUACUCUAAGAAUGUGUACCACUCCACCUGACAGACCUGACCGCAACCCCAGCAAUGUGAGAACCAGAACAGACAUCAAGAACACUCUCAUUGUUGAGUGGACGCCAAUGAGCAGGCUGUAUUUCCAUGGCCCUCGGUUCAGAUACCAAGUACGCUGGAGAUUAAAGGGCACAUUUACAUGGAACUCUGCUUAUGUAACUAACCCCAGCCAAGGUUUCCUGAACAUCGAAACCAAUGACAUCUACACGGUGUAUGAGCUGCAGGUCAAGGCAGAGAACUCUAUGGGAGAGUCACAUCAGCCUGCAUUUAUCUACCAGGGUCACUCUGGAGAGUCAGAACCACUGAUCACACCAACCAAUUUCUCACUAAACCCAAGUUAUGCCAUUGAACCACAUACUGUUCAUCUUGUCUGGGACUCUAUUGAUCCAAGCAAUCACCUUUUAUGUGGGAAAUUCAAAGGUUUCAAGCUUCUUUAUUGGAAAUCAAGUGAACACUGGGCCAGAAAAACUGAAAUAGACAUUGUCCUGGAAGAAGAAGUUUAUGGGCACAGUCCUCAGAUUAAAGUCACCCUGUCUGACCUGCCAGCACACUCAGCCCUGAGAACACAGGUGGCAGUCAUGAAUUCUCAUCACACAGGGCCCUUCAGUGAGAUUAUUGAUUUCUUCACACCAGAAGGAGUGCCAAGUGCAGUCAGAGAACUUCAUCUACAGGCUUUUGGUAUAGCUUAUGUACUGUUGCAGUGGAAGCCGCCAUUGAAACCAAAUGGUAUCAUUCUUGGUUACGAUAUUGCUUACCAGCAAGUUUUUGACAUGCAUCUUGGCCAAGCCAGGCCUCUCUUGCCUCACAUUAACAACCCUUCGACACUGGGAGCUCGCAUCACAGGACUGCAGCCAGCUCAUCGAUACAGAUUCAUUGUGUGGGCUAGGACUAAACAAGGUCGUGGAGAACCAUCCUUCGUGGAUACCAAGACAGCCAAUGGACACCGUAAGUAUCAUGACGAAGGUAAAGAUUUUCCCAUAGCAUUGGUAUCUGUGGCUCAGAAGUUGUGA